AAAGAAGAAGAAGAAGAAGAAGAAGAAGAAGAAGAAGAAGAAGAAGAAGAAGAAGAAGAAGAAGAACGGGCUCGCACAUGCGCAGUGUCUGUCAAGUGUUGCGAGAGAAGAUGGCGGCGCCCAUAGACCUGGAGCUGAAGAAGGCGUUCUCGGAACUGCAGGUGAAGAUGAUCGACACGCAGCAGAAGGUGAAGUUGGCCGACCUGCAGAUCGAUCAGCUGACUCGGGUUCAGAAACACGCCAAGCUGACUCACGCUGAGAUCACCACACUGCCCGACAACACGCGACUGUACGAGGGAGUCGGACGCAUGUUCAUUCUUCAGUCGAAAGAGGACAUCAACAAUCAGCUGAUGGACAAACAGAAAACAGCUGAUGAGAAAAUUAAAGAGCUCGAGGUACAAACACACACAAAUACACACUUAUGUCCAGGUGUGUGUCCUGUCCAGGUGUGUGUCCUGUCCAGGUGUGUGUCCAGGUGUGUGUCCUGUCCAGGUGUGUGUCCAGGUGUGUGUCCUGUCCAGAUGUGUGUCCAGGUGUAUGUCCUGUCCAGGUGUAUGUCUAGGUGUGUGUCCAGGUGUGUGUCCUGUCCAGGUGUGUGUCCUGUCCAGGUGUGUGUCCAGGUGUAUGUCCUGUCCAGGGUUGUGUCCAGGUAUGUGUCCUGUCCAGGUGUGUGUCCUGUCCAGAUGUGUGUCCAGGUGUGUGUCCUGUCCAAGUGUGUGUCCAGGUGUGUGUCCUGUCCAAGUGUGUGUCCUGUCCAGGUGUGUGUCCUGUCCAGGUGUGUGUCCAGGUGUGUGUCCUGUCCAGGUGUGUGUCCAGGUGUGUGUCCUGUCCAGAUGUGUGUCCAGGUGUGUGUCCUGUCCAGGUGUGUGUCCAGGUGUGCGUCCAGGUGUAACGGUGGUCUGACUGUGUUGUCUUAUUUCCAGCAGAAGAAGGUGUACCUUGAACGCAGCGUGAAAGAAGCUGAAGACAACAUCAGAGAGAUGCUGCUGUCAAGGAGAGCUCAGUGACUCACUCAUCAAGAACCUAUAAUACUCUGUAACACACACACACACACACACACACACACACACACACACGUACACGUUCCUGUCAGUGUGUUUGUUAGUUGUUCAUAUUAAAUGUUGAACCUUUUGUCUCCUCA